AUGAAUGAUGAUUUGGAAGCCCUAGUUAGUAAGCCGUCCAAGGAGGAGAAUGAAGAAUGCUUAAAUGUGCGCCUAUACAUAAUACAAAUUUUGUUCAUCUUUAUUGUGUGCUUCGUGAUUUUUAUUUUUUUUUUUAUAUUAUUUUUCCUAGGAGUUUUUUGA